CUCUUCGGUAGUAUCUGCGUUCUACGAGCCUUGCCGUGGAGCGCGUGUGUGCUUCUUCUUUCUCAUUCACUACACUAUCGUUUAAUUCUAUCCCUUGUUGCCUCUAGUGAAACUGCUUCUGCGCACCCGCGACACUUGAACGCCAUUCCAGCCAUCGAGGGCCAGGAGACACAGCGCAAUUGCUGCUGGCACUCGCUACAACUACACUACAACUGCACUACGCACGGUCUGGGACCGCGAACCUCGUUUCUUUGAGGGUCUCUCGCACACACCGUCCACGAACGGGGCGUCCUGCACCCAGUCGCCAUCAUGUCGUUCGUCAACAGUCGUAUGAGCGUCUACUCGACCGCCUCUACGAACCCCCAGCGGACCGCCCAGUCGACGACCCAGUCGACCACGACGCUCCUCAACUUGCUCAACUCGAGCUACAAGUCCGGGCAGCCCUACAGCCUUGAGCCCAGCACCAGUCUGGUCGUCAACACGUGGGUCAAUGCGAAGACCAUGGAGGACGGCCGCAUUGGCGGCACCGUGGACCUCGAUCUGGUCCGCAAGACAUAUGAGCACGCCCGUCGCCGAGUCGAGGACGGCACCUUGGUGUUGAGCUCCCUCCACGAGGCGACCCCUUCGUUGUUUGCCCCCGCAGUCUCGGGGCUGCCAGUGUCCCUGCCCGACAGCUUCUACGUCGCGCUCGAGGCACUCAAGCCCUUUACACACUGCGUCACGCCGCAAAACCCGUCCGCGCCACGCUACUCUGCGCUCGCCGCCGUCUUCACAAUCGACGUCCUCGGCGAAUGCAGGGGCGCUGAAAUCAAGCUUUCCACUGGUGGACUCGACACAAGGGAGGGUCUUCUCCAGAUCCCCGCCCACACUGGCUACCGCGCUUUCGACGUCUUCUACUACCUGAACUCGAGCUCCGCUAGCAAGCAGGAGAGAGAGAUCCUCGACAUCCAGUCCCUCGACAAGUACGCGCUCCUCAACCGCUCGGGCACCUACGACCCUCCCUCGUUCCUCCCCGACGCCGACGACGCCGCCGCGGCCGAGGACUUCCGCACAAACCUCAAGGCCAUUGGCAUCAAGGGGCAGAAGCUGCGUGAUGUCAUCAGCACUCUGGCCGCACUGCUGAAGCUGGGCAACACAUUGGACUACUUUGUGGACGAGGAGAAGCUGGACGCAGCAUGCCAGGACUGCGGCUCGCUCCUCGACAUCUCGCCCGACAUGUUCAAGCAGCAGUUGGGCUCCAACGACCGGGAAAUCGCCAUUGCCGGCAUCUACGAGGCUGUUGUCGACUACGUGCUCACACAGGCCAACGCCACCAUCAAGAAUGACAUCAGGAAGGCCCGUGCCGGGUUCUCUUCGAGCGACAGCGAUGCCAGCCAGCCAGGUGUCAUGACACCUGAUUCGGACGUCGACGGAAUGGAUCUGGUCAACGUCACAAUCGUCGAGGUACCAAACCGCACUCUCGCCAAGGCAAUUGCUCUGCGCACUGUCUUCGACGACACGGAAGGCAUCAACGCGGAGAUGAAGGCCGAUGGUGUGCAGAUUGCAGCGGCUGGCAACUCAGUGCUUGAGAGCAUGAGGGACGCUGUGCAGACCAGCGAGGCCGAGCUUGGCAUCGAUGGUGCUGCGCUUCGCGAGCACGACUCGGAGCUGGAGCGGCGCGAGACUGUUCUCGAGAAGAUUGCUAUCGACGCCGAGGAGGGCAACUUUAUCAAGAAGAUCCUCUACCCUGUACCGCAGGGCGGCAUCGUCCUGGGCAAGCACAACCGCCUUGACCUGCCCAUGACCGUGGCCAGCAGCAGACUUUGGUUCCAGCUGGCGAUCCACCCCACAGAUGUCAUCCCCACCUCCGUCACACAAGACCUCAACUCCACCUGGCAAGCCGGUGUUGUCUCGCGCCAACUGCGUGAGUGGCGCCUGCCAGAGUGGGCGAACCGCCGCAACCGCUACCUUGACUUCACAGCCGAUUUCGAUGUGCACGAAUUUUACGAGCGCUACGCAGCUCUCGGCUGCAUGGACGGCAAGGACGGCAUCGAGAACUGGACACUGCAGCGCGGCUGGAGCAACGGCGAAGUUGUGGUCGGCAACGAGCGCAUCUGGAUGAGGGAGGGCACCUGGUGGGAGGCUGAGUCCCAGCUCGAGCAGAUGAACGGAAACCAGAGCAUGAACGCCGGCAUGCUCGGUGGCAUGGUUGGAGCUGCUGGCCUCGAGAGCGGCUACCCUGCACAAGCAGCUCCCAGCAUGGCAGGCAGCGGCUUCUUCCCACCACUUCCGGAGCAGCAGGUUCAGAAUCCUUUUGCCAGCACCCCCAGCCUGGCACGCGCCGCAGAUGCAAAGUCUAUUGCACCGACUACUGUCACCGUUCCCGUGGCCACAGUUGGUGACUACGGGCUCGGCGCUAAAGGUGACGAGACCAAGGGUGUCACCUACUACGAUGCGGAGACUGGUGGCAACUCCAUGGUCACCGAGAUGCCCAUCACAGCCACUCGACGCAUGUGGAUCGCUUUCGUCUGGGUGUGCACUUUCUGGCUUCCAUCCCCUGCCCUGAAGUAUAUUGGACGCAUGAAACGACCCGAUGUCCGCAUGGCAUGGAGAGAGAAGCUUGUUCUCUUCUUCUUGAUUCUCUUGCUCAACGCAACCAUUGUCUUCUACAUCGUCGCCUUCGGAAAGCUUCUCUGCCCCAACAAGAACAAGGUCUGGAACGAGGAUGAAGUGUCCACUCACCAGGGUCAGGACGACUACUACGUCAGUCACCACGGUGUAGUGUACGACCUGUCAUCCUUCUGGAAGAAGCAGCACAGUGACUCGAACACCGAAGCUUCGAAGACCAACAUGAUCGAGUUUGCUGGUUUCGACAUGGACCCUUACAUCAUGCCGCCUCUAUAUCUUGCCUGCCCGAACCUGAUUUCUGAUACCACUCGUAACCGACAGCUGUACCUGACUUCCAACACUACCAUCACCAACUCUCUUGGUGUUCACAAGUCUGGAACGCAAACCAACUUGGCUGACAGUGCCGCCCUGAAGAAGGAGGACUGGUACCCCAACGUCUUCCUACCUGCUAUGAAGGAGAUGCGAAAGGGCGAUCUUGUCUGGGACAGUGACACGAUCAAGAAGGAGGGCGAAGACGACAAUCACAUGUGGUUCACAAUGGACGAUGAUGUCUACGACCUGACAGACUACUUCAAGACCCUGGAUGUCAACAACGACGGCACAGAGUACUCUUUCCUCGACGACAAACUUGUCGACCUCGUCAAGAGCAACGCGGGAACCAACCUCAAGGAAGAAUUCGCCAACCAGCUCAAUUCCACCGCCCAAGCCUACAACCUCCAGUGUCUGAAGAACACCUUCUACGUCGGUAAAACUGAUUUCCGCAAGACUGUCAAGUGCCGGAUCAACGACUACAUCCUUCUUGCAGUCACCAUCAUUCUCUGUGCCGUUAUUGUCGUCAAGUUCUUGGCUGCGCUGCAGCUUGGUUCCCGCAAGCGCCCUGUCAACCAGGACAAAUUCGUCAUCUGCCACGUUCCCGCCUAUACAGAAGGAGAGGAGCACAUCCGAAAGGGUCUUGACUCACUGACAGCCCUUGCCUACGACAACAAGCGCAAGCUUAUCUGUGUGGUGUGUGACGGUAUGAUUGUUGGUGGUGGUAACGAUCGUCCUACACCCAAGAUUGUCCUUGAUAUUCUCGGUGUUGACCCCAAGGUUGAUCCCCCUGCUCUUCCCUUCUGGUCCGUCGGUGAAGGCAGUCAGCAACUCAAUUACGGCAAAGUCUACUCUGGUCUUUACGAGUUUGAAGGCAACGUCGUUCCAUACAUCGUCAUCGUUAAGAUGGGCAAGGAGUCCGAGCAGUCCAAGAGCAAGCCCGGUAAUCGCGGUAAGCGUGACUCGCAGAUCCUGCUCAUGAGCUUCCUCAACCGCGUCCAUCACCGCGCCCAGAUGAACCCUCUGGAAUUGGAGAUGUUUCACCAGAUCAACAACAUCAUUGGUGUGGAUCCUGAGCUCUACGAAUAUAUGCUCAUGGUCGACGCGGAUACCAUGGUCAGACCCGACUCUCUCAACCGACUCGUAGCAAGCUGCGCCAAUGACUCUAAGAUUGCCGGUAUCUGUGGUGAAACCAGUCUGGAGAACGAAGAGAAGUCCUGGUGGACAAUGAUCCAGGUUUACGAGUACUACAUUUCCCAUCACCUCGCAAAGGCCUUCGAAAGUUUGUUCGGUAGUGUCACCUGUUUGCCGGGAUGUUUCUGCAUGUACCGCCUGCGAACAGCUGACAAGGGCAAGCCCCUCAUCAUUUCCGACAAGAUCAUCAAGGACUACGCGGAUUGUGUUGUCGACACUCUGCACAAGAAGAACCUGCUCUCCCUCGGUGAGGAUCGUUACCUGACGACCUUGAUGACGAAGCAUUUCCCGUCCAUGUCCUAUAAAUUCAUCCCUGACGCCUAUGCUUUAACAGCUGCCCCCGAGACAUGGAGUAUUUUGCUUUCGCAGAGACGUCGCUGGAUCAACUCAACUAUCCACAACCUGGCUGAACUCGUGUUCAUCAGUGAUCUGUGCGGUUUCUGUUGUUUCUCUAUGCGCUUUGUCGUCUUCAUCGAUCUGUUCGGUACUCUCGCCCUCCCUUCCAUCUGUGCCUACCUGGUUUAUCUGAUCUACACGGUUGCUUCUGGUACUGGUCAAUUCCCCAUGAUCUCAAUCAUCAUGCUUGCAGGUGUCUACGGUCUCCAGGCUCUGAUUUUCAUCAUCAAACGCCAGUGGCAACACAUUGGAUGGAUGCUGAUUUACCUGCUGGCGUUCCCCGUCUUCAAUUUGGCUCUGCCCCUCUAUUCCUUCUGGAAGCAAGACGAUUUCUCGUGGGGUAACACCCGUGUCGUUAUUGGCGAGAAGGGUCAGAAGAAGGCUGUGCUCACAGAAGACGAGGGCUUCGAUCCCAAGUCCAUCCCCAUGAUGCGCUGGGACGAAUACGCAGAGCGCAACGAGCUCCCCGGCCGCCGCGGCGUUCCCGGCCACACCUCCGAGAAGGGUGGGUUCAGCGCGUACGAGGACGACACGUACGAGAUGAACGACAUGCAAUCCGUCUACUCCUCGGUCAAGCCCGCAUCGACCAUCAUGUCCAACAUGCACCACAUCUCGCACAUGCCACCACAGUCGCCCGGGCCCUACCAGGGCAUGCAGACUCGCCAGUCGACCUACUCCAACCUCUCCCGCUACCAGGACCACCCCAACCAGAACCAGAACCCACACCAGAGCCGCCUCAUGUCCAUGGGUAACGCGAGCGACGCCUACGGCGACAGUCCGUACGGCCACCGUCCCAGCCACGGCGGCUUCCAGUCGUCGGACAACCUGAUGGCUUCGACGCCGCCGGUCCGCGGACGCAGCCCGCUGGGCUACGGCCAGAGCCGCCCCGGCAGCACGGUCAACUUCCAGAACAUGAUGACUGGCCCCAGCGACCAGACGAUCCAGGACGUGGUCCGCACGUGCCUACGCGAGGGCGAUCUCGACUCGAUGACCAAGAAGCAGCUCGUCGCCCUCGCGGAGCAGAGACUGCAGACGCAGCUCACGGGCGAGCGCAAGAUCUACCUCAACCAGUGCAUCGACAACGAGCUGGCGAUGAUGGGCUAAGUCAGUUGGCCACGACGCGCUCACGUGUGUGUGUGUGUGUGGGAGGGGGGGGGGAGGGCCUUGGUUCAAGGUGUUGGUAUUGCAUUUCGCGCGUUUUAUUCAGUCAACCGUCGCUCCUUU